AUGAGGUACCACAUCGAUCAAGAAAUACCCCACCCAAAAACACCCGCCCAAGACCCACCCGCGCCGGCUUCUGAACAAAUUCCACCCCUGCAUGAAAAUGGACCUGCUUUAUCAAACAACCAAGGCCACGCCGCUGGUCCCGGUCCCAGCUUCAACGGUGGCGACAAAAGCAAACCCAAAACCAGCGUCGUCAACGUUUCCACCGUGUUCUCCAGCCUCAACGAGUACGUCAACGCCGGAAACGAACUCAGUGAAAAGCUGCAGCAGAUCGAAAUCCAACCGGAUCCUCCAGCUGGCAUCCCACGCGCAGCCAGGGACGCCAGCAACGGCGACAGCAAACCGUUAAUUUCUCCCUCGAGCUCGUCAAUUUCGACCGACUCGCGGUCGUCCUCGUCGCUCGGAGGCCGCGUUGACUGCUCCUCGUCUUCGAGCAACAGUUCGGAUCGGGCCACCGGCAGGUUAAAGCCGCGCCAGCAAAGACACAGUAGCAGCAGCUGUUCCGACACGGCUUCGUCCACGUCGACCAGCGACGGCGAAGAGGACGACGAAACGGGAGUUCACGAGCGGCUAAACAACGAGGGGCUGUCGCUGAGUGCGGGUGAUUACAUUCUGGACUCGUCGGAAAACACGACGACCGUGGCCACGACCAAUGAGGAAGCGCCGAAGGAGGAGGAACUGGGACAGAGGGUGGCCAAGGCGACGGAAACAGAGGCUGAGGGAAAAAAGGCAACGGGUGCGGCUGCGUCUGGGCCAAGCGAGCAGCAGGACACCUCAGCGUUCUCCUACAAAAACAGUUUGUACUCGGACACACUGAGCAACGACGUUAUCAACUUGGAAGGUAUCUCAUCGAUAUCAUCCAUCGUGGCGGUAGACUUAACCAGUGCCGGCCAAGGUGACAAACCGGCCGGCGAUGGUUCGCCCCCUCAGGACGAACAAAACAACCGCAAAGAGGAAGCGAUGCUGGCGAAGCCCGAAGUGCUCGACGAAGACCGAACCACCGAGGUUAAGAAGGUGGUCGGCUUUGAGUCCACCAUGGACGACGUGUCGGACACGGAGCUGGAGAGCUAUCUGCAGGAGCUGGAAGAGUACGACAUCCAGCAGACGAUUGCACCGAUGGUGACGUCGGCAACGGCGGUGACGACGACAGCAGCGACGGUUACGACGGAAGAGGUGCAACCUGAGGAGGAAGUCGUGAAAGAAGUCAAGGAAGAGCUUGUGGAAGAAAAGGACCGCAAGGACACGGUGAGCAUCGGAAGUCACAACAGUAUUGACACCAGAAGUGACGAAAGCAUUCCGGAGUCGAACCGGGGUGAAAACGACGAAGAUCUGAUCUCGCAAGCGUCGACGCUGGAGUUUAACGAUUUGGCAGCGAUGACUGCGGCGAAUGGGGCUGGUGUCGUAGUGGCGGUUCCGGACAUCGCCGUGGAUGACAUUCAGGACAAUGAAAUUCCCGAGUUUGCCCACGAAGGUCCGGCGGACGAUGGCAGCGAGAUUCGGUUCAUCGAUUGUACCGAAACGGAAUCGGCAGUGAUACGAGAGAAUCUCCCGGCAGAGGAAGCACGAGCAGCUGGCGCGGAUUACGGUGGACAACCGAGGGUGAUUGAAGAACCAAUUGUACCGCAAGUGUCGACGGUUCCUUUGCCGAGACCAAACUCACUGGAGUUGCCAAACCAGCCGGAAAGUGUAAUCGAAAAGCAAAGCUCUCCAGGUCACACACCUCCUUCAUCAGUGUCGCACGGAAUUGACUCCGACCAAGGUAUGACCUUGUCGUCUACAAGUUCCGACGACUUUGCCCCCUCGUCAGUAGCAGUAGUUCCUCCUCCGUCGGCUCCUCCGACCGAAGCAAGCGAAGGCCUGCUGCUUUCGGACGGAAGCGGACAAGCGGCAGGUCCUGGCGAUGACUAUCGACCGCCACUCGUAACGCUGACCAGUGCCCAAGCCCAGCUCGGAAAGAUCCCGCCGUUCUGGGUUCCGGACAAUUCCACAAACUUCUGCAUGCAAUGUAACCAAAAGUUCUCCAUCAUCAAGCGACGCCACCAUUGCCGGGCCUGUGGCCAACUGCUCUGCUCAGCCUGUUGCUGCCUGAAAGCCAAACUGGAAUACCUCGGCGAUGUCGAGGCACGAAUCUGCAUCCCGUGCGACAUCAUCCUCAACCAACAGCAGCAAGCUCUGGAAGAAGCCGCGUACGGAACGCAAUUUGCAAUCGCCGCCGGAGCUUCCGGACCAUCUUCCUCCUCUCGCCAACCUAAUCCGAACAAUCCCAUGGAGUACUGUUCGACCGUGCCGCCCUUCCAACAGGCCAACAGCAACGCGCCGCAAUCUCCGAUCUCCGUCAUGGUUCCGGUCGGCGUGCUGAAACGAGCCGGAGCGCCACGCUCGGGACGCAAGGAUAAAACGGUCAUCUUCAGCGAUGGCAUCCGACCCGGGUGCGAUUUGACCGAACUGGACGAAAACUGGGACGCGCAGCCCAAGACGUCGCCCUCGAUUCCCGGCGGUGGCCACGGAGACAAGCGCAAGGGACGAGUGCAGACACCCGUGAGCGAAACCCCUCCCGCUUCAUCCAGCACCAGCAAACCGUCGUUGAUUCCCGCAGGUGAGAACAAACUGCCGCCGAUCGUGAAGCAGCUCACGAAAACCGAAUCCAAACACAUUGAGAUCGACAACGAUGCGGCCCUGAUUGCGAGCUUACGCGAUGGAACACUGACCUUUGCGCUGCAGCGAAACCUGCACGUUCUGGUGACGAUCGUGGAACUGAACUGUUGCAUCAAUAAAACUGUGAUCAAUUUUACCACCCGUGGGAUGCACUUUGUCGGACAGGACGAGAUUGUGAUUCUGCUGGAGCUGGGAGAUUCACAGCUGCUGCCGAAGGAUAUCUUUGUGCAUUUGAACGAGAUUUACGAGGACGCGGACGGUGGUAGUACUCUUACGGAGUUGGGCUUCAGUCCGGCGAGAAGUUCGAACUUUUUGGGCUCGAAAAAUCACGGUGGGUUUUUGUUCGUCCGGCCGACCUACCAGUGUAUGCAAAAUGUGAUAUUACCGGACCAGCCGUACCUGGUGGGCGUCCUGAUCCACCGUUGGGAAAUGCCCUGGGCUAAGAUCUUACCGUUGCGGCUGAUGCUACGGCUGGGUGCACUGUACCGAUACUAUCCGAGUCCACACGUGAGCGUCCGGGAACGAGACUCGGUAUACGUCGAAAUUGCCCAAACCAUCAUCAACCUGUUGGCGGACUUCCGGAACUAUUCGUACACGAUUGCAACCAUCCGCGGCAUGGUAAUCCACAUCGAGGACCGCAAAACAAGCAUUCUGAUUCCACGCAACCGGUACGAGCAGGUCAUGAAAGUGUUGAUGAACGGCUCGACGGACCAACUGCUGGCCCUAGGGGGGAACUUCAGCAAGGUUGCUGACGGACAUUUGGUGUGCAUCCAGAACACCGAGUCCGGCUGCCCGGAAGCGACACAGUAUUCGACGCAAGCGAUCAACAUUGAGGGACAACCGAGGAAAGUGACCGGGGCCAGCUUCCUGGUGCUAAACGGAGUGUUGAAACCCAACAGUGGGCUCGUGGGCAAGUGCAGUAUCGUCGAGGACGGGCUGAUGGUUCAGGUGCCGCCGGCCAAGAUGGCUAGUAUUAAGGAAGCGUUGAAGCUGAUGAAGGACUACCGAAUAGUGUGUGGUCCGGAGGAGGGCGACGACACACAGAAGGAAAUCGUCAGCAUCGAGUGGACUGAUAACGAUCUGAACUUUAACAUUGGAGUCGUUUCCCCAAUCGAUAAGAAACCACUGAAUGGAGUGCCUAGUAUUAGAGUGCAUAGAGGAACUGACUAUUCCAACGCGAACCACAUAAUCCGCUGGACGGAGGUUUUCAUAAUUCAGAGUGACGAAGAAUCGAACCAGCCUGGGGAUCCAGUGAACAUGUCGAAGCUUUCGGAGCAGGUGGCGAAGAGUGCGUGCACGGCACUGGUCGCGUUUCUCGAUCUGCUAGCGUCCAACGGAUGUCACAAAAUUGGCCUUAGGAUUAUGCUGGACUCCGAACAGGUAUCGUACGAGGCCGGCAGCCAGUACAGCAAGCUUGGUCCGCUGUACAUGAACGCGCUGGAUAACGAGCUGAUCGGAACUCUCAACAGGCAAGCCAACAGUCUCCACCUGGACCAGCAGAUUAUCGUUGAGCUGAUUUUCCACAUUCUGGACAAGUAAGAAUAAGCAAGUUAUUAUUCGACCUACAUGGCUCUAUUACUUGUUCUGGAUGGGAUUAGCUGCAGUGUUUCACAAUAUAAAAAAUACAUAAACUUAUGAUGUUAGACGUCUACCAACAGGAAAUACUACCAAACUAGCUAGAGAUUCGGUAGAUUGGAGCGAGCAUUAAUGGAUUUCCAGUUAUGAUAUUAGUGGUAGCAGAAACAAGAUUAUAAAGUGCAUAUGAAACGCAUAGUCUCGCGUCAUAUUGUUGCAAUUUGAGUGGGUCAGCUGGAUAUUGUGGAUGCGCCUGCGUUGAGAUAUUUACAACCGAAACGAUGAUUUGAACUAGGUUUAAGGUACGAGUACUAAUCGGUUGCGUUCUGACUUAUUAUACGUCUACACAAGUACUAUGGCGAGAAAAGUGUGAGAUUUUAGUCUGUGAGGUGAGGCAAGUGUCAAGAUGAUAUGAUAAUUAUCGUAAGAGAGGGACAAGUAACUUGUCUUUAUAAGCAUAUUUCUUGUAUAGUUGAAUUAUUGGAAAUUUAUUAUUGCUAUUAAUCAACUUAAAAUAUUUAUAUUUUAUUUAGAAAUUUUAAAAAUAUAGAGAGAUAUUGGAAGCAAA